GAGAGAGAGAGAGAGAGCAGAAAUGUCAUGUCUUCAUAUCAUCAGUCAAGCCAAAAGCACUAAUGCUACGCUGCAGUAUCCUGAAAGACGCAGAGGACGAGUGGUGUGUGUUUUAAGAGCAAGCAAUUUUCCGCUUUGAUUCUCUCGAAUGCGUUCAGGAGCACAAAGUUCUUUUCAGAUAUGUAGAUGGAAGAAGUUCUCUGGGAAUUCUAUAUAAUUAUAUCAAAGAAAGGUUCUUUUACCACUGUUUUCUGUAGCUUCAGUUUUUCUAGCACGCCAGCAAUCAAUGACAGGGUCUUCAGAACAGUUUUCUGCAUCUUGAAUGAUUCUGCAGAACAUUCGCAGGCAAUCAGUAACAGGUUCUCUCGCACAGUUUUCUGCAGUUUCAGUUAUUCUAUAGAACGAAGGCAGGUUCUUCUUAACAGUUUUCUGUAACUUUAAUUAGUCUGUGGAACGCACGCAGGCAGUGAAAAAUGGCAGGUUCUUUGCAGUUUUCUGUAACUUAAAUUAUUCUGUGGAACGCACACAGCCAGUGAAAAAUGGCAGGUUCUUUGCAGUUUUCUGUAACUUCAAUUAGUCUAUUGAACACACACAUAAGCAGUGCAAAAUGGCAGGGUCUUCACCACACUUUUCUGUAACUUCAAAUGUUCUACGGAACAUCCCAAGCUUACCAACGAAGUAUGCUGGAAUUACAGCAAUUUCUAUUGAAAUCAGACUACCUGCGAAUCAUUUAGACCGUCAACUGUGAAGAACCCCAGCCUUUAGUUUUAUGGGACCCUACAAUCAUGGUAUGGAGAUCCCACAAGGGGAUAUAUGGUCCUUUGGUCUAAAGAACAAAAAUCCCCAAUGCGCGCGUUUAUGCAUACAUAAUGGCUGCUCAGGGAUUUCCUGUCGUAAAGGUAUGCAAAAGAAUGCACAUUUCCAUACUUUUAUUCCGUAGUUUAUACGGAAAUGAUGCAUUUUUCAAUCCCUAUUCCUUUUCCUGUAACUUCUUCGAUGCGUAUUACUUUCUGUGACGAGACUUAUACAUCGCCAUCCUACCAAAGUAGGAAGAAGGAUUGUUUGGCCAUCGGUAAAUAGACUAGCUGGCAACCUUUCCUUAGCAUCUUGGUAUAUAUAUACGCUGCGUUUGGCUAAGUAUGCAGUUAUACCGCUGGCUGGGAAGAUAACUGUCGCCAACAUUCAGAGAAGCGCUUUUGACCAAAUCGGACGUAAAAAUGAGACGGAUUUCUGCCAUACUCCUCCUGUCGGAGGCGAUGCUCCUGGGACUCUGUAGGGCAUCCCCGGGAUACGGGUCGCCUUCAGGCAGUGGCGAAUAUCAGCCACAGCAGGUUCCUGAGGCCUCCUGGAACCAAGGGCAACAGCAGGUUCCUGGGUCCUCCUGGAACCAAGGCCAACAGCAGGUUCCUGGGUCCUCCUGGAACCAAGGCCAACAGCAGGGCUGCCAGCCAUUUUUCACAACGACGACAAUCUACUCUCCACAAUAUGCCACAGUUACAAGUUCAGUCACCCAGUACCACUCUCCGGACCGGCCACAAUACCAGACUAUAUACACUACACAGUACAACACAAUUUCCGUCACACAGUCGCAACAGGUCCCGGUUUACGUCACCAGCACCCAAGCCCAAACCCUCACUAAGACGAAGAAGGUCGUCAGUUACAUCACUCAGUUCGUCCCGACUUACGUCACACAGUUCGUUCAGUCGUCAGUCUUCGUAACUCAGUCGUGUUUGCCGAGCGGAGGAUAUACUUCCGCCAUCGUCGACGGCUCCGGUGGCUACGGCUACGGCUAUGGCCAUGGUGGUUCCCACCGGCGUCCCUACAAAGGUUCCUACGGCGGUGGUUCCCAAGAGAGUUCCUACGGCGGAUCCUACAGCGACGGUUCCAGCUCAAACAUCGAUAUUCGCUUCGGCUCCGCUGACCAGACUACGGAGUCCAGUGGUGGCGGUGGGAGCUGGAGCUGGAGUUCUUUAAUGAAAGGAGUAGGAGAUAUUUUGAAGAUAGAUAGUUUAUAUAAUAUAAAUAAACUAAAUAAAUAA